AUGCAACAAAAUGACGAUUUUUAUUUUGAUAGAAAAUUCUUAAAAGCAUUCAUUCAUCUACUUUACCAUUUUUUUCCAAAAAAUGAUUGUAAAUCAUUUAUUUUAAUUAUAAUAACAUUAAUAUUUAGCAUAAUAAGUGAAGUGGCAAUUUAUUUUAUUGGAAUGCUUCCAGGACAAUUUUUUUAUGUACUUUUAAAAAAACAAACUGAUCAAUUUUGGGAAAUAAUUUGUAUAGCAUCAUUAAUUUAUCUUGGAAAAAGUAUAAUUUUAGCAUUAACAUCAUUAUCUAUAAAUUUAUUAUAUUUAACAUUUAGAAAAAAUAUUACUAAUGCUAUUCAUAAAAGAUAUUUUAAAGGAAUAACAGCAUAUAAAUUAAUAAAUAAUUCAUUUGAAAAAAUAGAUAAUCCUGAUCAAAGAAUAACACAAGAUGUUGAAAGAAUGUGUAAAAAUUUAUCAGAAAAAAUAUUACCACCAGCUAUUAUUUGCCCAUUUAUAAUAGGAUAUUAUAGUUAUCAAACAUAUAAAACUGUUUCUAUAUAUGGAUUACUUGUUAUUUAUAUUUAUUUUAUUGUUGGAACAAUUGUUAAUAAAAUUUUAAUUAAUCCAUUGGCAAAAUAUACAGCACGUGUUGAGAAAGCUGAAGGAAAUUAUCGUUAUAAACAUGUUUCAAUACGUGAUAAUAGUGAACAGAUUGCAUUAUAUAGAUGUCAAGAAUUUGAAAAAAUACAAUCAAAUUAUAUAUUUAAAAAAUUAAUUAAAGUACAAUUUAUUCAUUGUUUAUGGAAAAUUCCAAAUUUAAUAUGGCAAAAUUUUUUUGAUAAUACUGGUGGAAUACUUGGAUAUGCUUUACAAUUUAUUCCAUUUAUUUUAUUUCAAUCAUAUUUACAUACAGAAACUGAAACAUUAGCUAAAAUUAUAUCAAAUAAUGCUUUUAUUUAUAUAUAUCUUAUUAAUUCAUUUACCCGUUUAACUGAUAUAGGAAUUGUUUUUGGUGAUACAGCUGGAAUAUUACAAAGAGUAGAACAAUUAUUAUUAGCAUGUAAAAAUAUGAAAAAUAAUGAAUAUUCUAAAUUAAUACCUUAUAAGGAAGAAGAUAAAAAUAUUAAUUAUAUUUUUAAUGACGUAUCAUUGACGACACAAUAUGGACAACCAAUUGUAAAACAUUUUUCAUUAAUACUUAAUAGUAAUGAAAAUCUUUUAAUAAAUGGUGUUUCUGGAACAGGUAAGACUUCAUUACUUCGUAUGAUUAUUGGAAUUUGGAAAAAUAAUAGUGGUGAAAUUUUUUCAAAAUUUAAUAUUAAUGAUAUAGAAAUAAUUCCACAAAAUUCAUAUUUACCGGUAGGACAUUUAUCAUUAUAUCAACAAUUAUUAUUUCCAUCAAUUUAUGAUGCUAAUUCACCAGAUAUGGUACAAAAAGAAAAACAAUUAUUUCAAUUAUUUGAAGAUCUUAAUCUUCUUACUACAAUUAAACGUUUAGAUUAUAUUUAUGAGAAGCCCGACUUUGAAUUUAUAAAUCAUUUAACUCCAGGAGAAGUUCAAAGAUUAGUAUUUAUUAGAGCAAUAAUCAAAAAUCCUAAAUUAAUAAUUUUGGAUGAAUCAACAAAUGCUGUUGGAGUUGCUAUGGAAGGAAAAAUGUAUGAAAUUUUAAAUAAAAAUAAUAUUCAAUAUAUUUCUGUAGGACAUAGAGAUUCUUUAAGACAAUAUCAUCAUAAAUGUUUAACAUUAACUGGGUAUGGAGAUUUUGAUCUAGAUAUAAUUAAAAAAUAA